ACCAACUCCGUCUCCUCGAUCGGUUGCUUUCUCUCCUCUUCACAUCACAGUUUCACACUCCUUCCUUGCUUCCUUGCUUCCCCCAUAAAAAGCAAAAACCCCUAAAUUAAAAAGCAACGAAAUCCCCCCCACCCCACUUCGCUUCCAUUAUAUAUCUCCGCCACAAUAAGAAACUGUUUCUUUAAUCGAUCCGCCUGCAAACUUGCUUGAUUGAUCUCAAAGCUGUCGUCUUUAUCGUCUCCCACCUCUUCCCCCUUCAAUUCCUCUUCUGGGUCGCUCUCUCUUUUACUCCUUCUUCCCUUAGCUUCCUCCAAUUUUUUUCCUAAUUAUCUAAUCUAUUUUUUUUUUGGAGUUUCUUGUUUCCUUGGUUUCCUUUCUGUCUUUACUCUUACCUCACCUCUGAAUCUUUGUUUCUCUGAUCAAAACCCACCUUCCCCCAAAUUCAAUUCAAUUCAAACCCUGACGCCAUCUUUUUCUUCUCCGCCUCUGAUCCAGAAUUUUGAUAACCUAUCAGCAGCUCUGGGUUUUAGAUGGGUCACUGCGUAAGCAAAGGCGGCAGAGGCGGCGAGGCUUUCCGCUACAACCCUAAUGAGAAUCAUAAUAAUCAGAAUCACUACCAUCCCAAAUCUCGAGACCUGCCUCCUACUGAUUACAACAAUUAUGCGUCCAAGCCUCCUCCGGCUACCGCCGGAGACUCUGCCGGCGGCUAUGCGAUCCCUCCGCAGUCCCCUCUCCGGACCCCGAAGAAGCCGGGUUUCCUCGCUCCACCGAGCCCGAAGCCGGCACGGCGAGCCGACACGAUCCUCGGGAAGGCCUACGAGGACGUCAAGCUCCACUACACGAUCGGGAAAGAACUGGGUCGGGGCCAAUUCGGGGUUACUUACCUCUGCAUCGAGAAUUCGACGGGGAAGCAGUACGCCUGCAAGUCGAUUUCCAAGAGGAAGCUGGUGACGAAGAAUGAUAAGGAGGAUAUGAAGAGGGAGAUUCAGAUAAUGCAGCAUCUCAGCGGGCAGCCCAAUAUUGUUGAAUUCAAGGGCGCGUACGAGGAUAAGCAGACGGUUCAUCUGGUGAUGGAGCUGUGUGCCGGCGGGGAGCUGUUCGAUCGGAUUAUUGCCAAGGGACAUUACAGUGAGAAGGAGGCGGCUGGGAUUUGCAGGUCGAUUGUGAAUGUGGUGCAUAUUUGCCAUUUCAUGGGUGUGAUGCAUAGGGAUCUUAAGCCUGAGAAUUUCCUGCUGUCUAGUAAAGAUAACAAUACUGCGCUUCUCAAGGCUACUGAUUUCGGCCUCUCCGUGUUCAUUGAAGAAGGGAAAGUGUAUCGGGAUAUAGUUGGGAGCGCGUAUUAUGUUGCUCCUGAAGUAUUGAGGCGAAGAUAUGGCAAGGAAACAGAUGUAUGGAGUGCUGGGGUUAUACUCUAUAUCUUGCUCAGUGGUGUGCCUCCAUUUUGGGCAGAGAAUGAGAAAGGCAUAUUUGACGCCAUAUUGCAAGGUGACAUUGAUUUCGAAAGUCACCCCUGGCCGGUUAUCUCAAGUGGUGCAAAAGACCUGGUUCAGAAAAUGCUAACCCAGGAUCCUAAGAGACGAAUUACUGCUGCUCAAGUACUUGAUCAUCCCUGGCUUAAGGAAGGUGGAGAAGCUUCAGAUAAGCCAAUAGACAGUGCAGUUCUUUCGAGGAUGAAGCAAUUCAGAGCAAUGAACAAGCUCAAGAAACUGGCCUUGAAGGUCAUCGCUGAAAAUCUUUCCAAAGAAGAAAUCCAAGGUCUGAAGUCAAUGUUUGCCAAUAUUGAUACUGACAAUAGUGGCACGAUCACCUAUGAAGAACUGAAGUCAGGGUUGGCUCGCCUUGGAUCGAAGCUCACAGAAGUAGAAGUGAAGCAGCUCAUGGAGGCUGCUGACGUCGAUGGAAACGGGACGAUUGAUUACAUUGAAUUCAUCACGGCUACCAUGCACAGACAUAGAUUAGAAAGAGAUGAACAUCUUUUCAAAGCCUUCCAAUAUUUCGACAAGGACAGCAGUGGAUUUAUCACUAAAGAUGAGCUGGAGAUGGCCAUGAAGGACUAUGGUAUAGCUGAUGAUGCAACUAUCAGAGAAAUCAUAGCUGAAGUAGACACCGAUAAUGACGGUAGAAUCAAUUAUGAAGAGUUCUGUGCUAUGAUGAGAAGUGGGACACCUAAUCAGGCCAAGCUUUUCUGAAUCCACCACGCGGGUGGCUGCCUGAUCAUUCUCCAGCGCCAUGGGAAUAUCUCCCCACCAAAAUGGAUAUCAGGGCAGAGGAAAGUUUCAUCCUCAUUCAGGAACCUGAAUGAAUGCAUAUGACCGUUGAAACAGCUGAAAGCAUAGAACUUGAGACACAGCUCCUCCCUCCUUUGAUAGAUUUGUGGUGCUUUCGAUCUGGGUUGUUUUGAGAAGCAAGAAUCAUCAGCAAUGUGAAUAUAUAAGUCGGAUUUUUAAAAAGAAAUCUGUUGUUUCAGCAGAUUUACGUUUGACAAGAAAACAAGCAGGAAGAGGAUUAUAAGUGAUUCGUUUUCUCGCUAUUUGCAAGUGUAAAUGUGAAAUGAGCACCUUGUUGCACUUGGUUCUCCUUCUCAGCGGGCCUGUAUACUGCUGCAACUUGUCUCACUAACUGGGAAUUUUGGUUAUCAAUGCCACUACAUGCUGCAGAGUGUGCACAGUUCUUCUUUUUUCGCUCUUUGGAAUCGGCAAAUGCCCUCCGGCGUUUGCAGACAUGAAUAACUAAUAUGUACCUUUCGAAUUUUAAACGAUGCCUUCAUCGAUUGUAUCAAUGUCCUACAUGACAAAUGAGAACGACCUAAUGUGUUCGAUGUUCGUUCUUAACCUUCACAACCAGAAGCAUAACCAUGAUGCCAUCACCUUUUGUUAGCUUCUUUUACAAGUUACGAUGGAAAGAGAUGGACAGAGCAAUCAUAGAAUCAACAGAUGUCUGUAACAAAAUAACGAAGCAGCAGAAGUACGUCAGCAGAUAAAGGGAACAACAUCAGUAUCAGAGCUUCAAUGGUUGAUUUCUCCACAAGAAUAAUCCGACCGCUCCAAUCUGUUUCAUCAAGAGCCCUAAUUGCAGCAUUCCGCAGCCAACAAAAUGUCAUUCAGCAAAUAUACUUAUCGUCAUUCAUUAGCCUAAAUUAUCACAACCACUUAGUAGCUGCUAGAGAACCCAAACACUUUGCAUAGCAAGAAAGCAAACAUGGAACCAGAACCCAUCAUUCACAUAAACUAUCAGAUCUUCCCUGCAGUCUUCAUGCCCUCGAGUUCACGAAAUCAAUCGAAGUGCUUAAGCUUUACAGUCUUCAAGUGUUUGGACUUGGCAGAAAUUUCUGGAGCUUUUUCUUCCAUCAGCUUCAUUCAAAUACUCCGACAAAUCCCCUCCCCAACAUGUUGUCUAUAACGAUAUGAUAUCACUGUCUUUGCGACAAACUCCCCAGCAGCUAUGGAAUCUGGACCACUUCGUUGGGCGUGAAUUGUUAGCCCUAUCCAACAGCUCCCAUCGCCCAUGCUCCAAUCUCUUUUGCGUCUUCAGCCUUUCGUCUAUCGUAAAAUAUCUUGACCACUUCAAUCUCUCAAUCCCCGUAACUUCUGUCAACUGAUUGCAUCCAGUAAUUGUCAACUCACGCAAGUGCUCCAAUGCAAACAGAUCAGGCAGCUUCUUAAUCGAAGCGCAAUCAGUAAUCCUCAAUGCUUGCAAUGACUCCAAUUUAUCGAGCCCUAUCACCUCAGUCAACUGAUUGCAUCCAGUAAUCUUCAAGUUCCGUAAGUGCUCCAAAGCUGAUAGAUCAGGCAGCCUCUCAAUCGAAGUGCAUUCAGUAAGCUCCAAUAAUUCCAAUGACUUCAAUCGCUCAAUCCCCACAACUUCUGGCAACUGAUUGCAUCUGAUAAUUGUCAACGCCCACAAGUGCUCCAAAGCAGAUAGAUCGGGCAGCUUCUUAAUCAAUGCGCAAUCAGUAAUCGUUGAUUCUCGCAAUGACUCCAAUUUACCAAGCCCUAUCACCUCAGUCAACUGAUUGCAUCCCGUAAUUUUCAACUCCCGCAAGUGCUCCAAAGCAGAUAGAUCAGGCAGCUUCUCAAUCAAAGUGCAAUCAGUAAUCUCCAAUAAUUGCAAUGACUUCAAUCGCUCAAUCCCCACAACUUCUGGCAACUGAUUGCAUCCUCUUAUUGUCAACUCUCGCAAGAGCUUCAAAGUAGAUAGAUCAGGGAGCUUCUUAAUCGACACGCAAUUAGUAAUCGUCAAUUCUUGCAACGACUCCAAUUUGUCAACCCCCAUCACCUCAGUCAACUGAUUGCAUCCCGUGAUUUUCAACUCCCGCAAAUGCUCCAAAGCAGAUACAUCAGGCAGCUCCUCAAUGGAAGAGCAAUCACGAAUCUUCAUUACUUGCAAUGACUCCAAUUUGUCAAUCCCCAUCAACCCAGUCAACUUACGACACUCAAUGAUCCGUAGAGUGGAUAGUUCCGCCAGGUCGCUAAGCCCAUGAAUUUCAGAGAGGAGUGGACAACGAAAGAUCUUGAGCGUCUGUAACUUGGUCAAAUUUGACAAGCUGGGCAGUUUUCUCAGUACAUCACAACGAUACACACGCAGUUCCUUCAGAAGCUUUAGAUGUUGGAGGCCAUCAAGAUCAAUUAGAUUUGAAGCAUCCUGUAAGUCGAAGUUCUCCAGCAUUCUCAGCUCUCCCAGACCAGCGAUCUCAUGUACCCCAAUCUCCGACAAAUCCAAGUACGUCAAGUUACUCUGAUUCACAAGGUUUGGUAGUCUCUCUAAAGGCACAAAUUGAUAACCUGAGAUCGAUAGGGUAUUUAGAGAUGAAGGAAGGGUAGGCGAGGAUAAAAUAAGGGUUCUCGUACGACGUCGUAGAGAACAAUGAUUCUGGUCGUUGAGAUCAACUGAUUCUUGUCAACCUGCCACAACUCCAAAUCCUUCAACUUGGACAGCUUCCACAUGUCCCCAGGAAUCAAAAGCGCACGACUCCAAUGUAGCCACUCCAAGUCCUUGAGCUCCAAAAGAUUGGGAACCCUAGGUGAUGAGAGGGAUAGCCCUUUUAAACUCGUGGGGAGUUUUGGUACUUCAAUGUCAAGCCUGUCUAGCACCAAGAUCUUGAGGGAGGAAAGUUUACCAAUGCUAGUAGGAAUUUCUCUCAAACGCGAAUAUCCUACAUUGAUCUCUUGCAGAUUUUGAAGCCUUCCAAAGCCACCUAUUAACUUCGUUAUCUUCGUCCUGGCAAUGUUUAGCACUCUCAGACCCUUCAAAUCGCCAAUGUGAAGUUCCCCGCCCAUGUUCCCGCAACCCAGGAAAUUUAUCCGUUGGAGACUUGGACAUCCGAACAAAUUCGGGACUUCUGUCACUUGGUCGCAGAACGAUACAUCUAUAGCUUUCAGCCUGUGUGCCGCCUGGAUCAUG